AUGUCAUGGAGGCGAUGCAAGAAGAUGGCUCGGCUGGGCAGUCGAUGGGAAGAGGGUGAAGAGCAUGUCUCAAAGUGGGAGUUCGACACAAACAAUACCCCCAUUUGGAUACAGACCGGCCUUGUCUGCGAGAGGCGUCCGGUGAAAGCGUUCCAAAAAGUCCACACGUCCCACCCUGGACGGCGCGGCCUUCAAAUGGGAAAUGUACCAAAAAGCAGAAGCAAGCAGACUGGUUGUGCCAAGGAAUGA